AUGCGUUUUCGGAAUGCAGGCGGAGUGAACAGCAUCGACAAUUUUGCACGCUCGUGGCAGAGAGCAGCAUCUUUUCCAGAAGUCGUACCGCGCCGACCCUCCUUCAUAUUCGCCGGACCCGACGCCUCCCAGGCUGCUAGUCCCAGUAGCGCUUAUAAGGACCUAGAACCCAAGGAGCGACAGCCACUUCUACCUUGGCAUCCUGGCUUAACAAGGACACAGUCAGAUGGUGUCAUUGAAGAUGACAGGCAUGAAACUUCACUAGCGGGACCCUCAAGGAGAGAUUUCCCGGAUACUGGACUCCUUGGUACCCAUGAGACAUCAUCCCUAAGCAGGAGUUUUGGAACGUCUUACGGCACGAUUUCGUCUCGAGUAAGUGACGUAACUCGGCAACGUGCAAUUCAACUCCACAGUGAGCAGCAGCAGUCCAUAGAUGGAGAUCAGGAUACAGAUCGCGAACCACUACUCAUUAGACAAGUACAACGUGAAGACGGGACGAAGCAAAACGUCGUCGUUGGGAAGUCUACUGUCCCGCAGACCAUCUUCAAUUCAGUCAACGUAUUGAUUGGCGUCGGUUUGCUUAGUCUUCCCCUGGGGAUUAAGCACGCUGGAUGGCUUAUCGGGCUGUUAUUUCUAGCCUUUGCGGCAGUAUCCACAGCUUAUACCGCCAAAAUUCUCGCAAAAUGCUUGGAUGUUGACUAUAGCCUGGUAACAUAUGCGGACUUGGCGUAUAUCAGCUUUGGACGUCAGGCCCGUAUCAUUACAAGCCUUCUUUUCUGUUUGGAACUUGUAGGCGCAUGUGUCGCGCUUGUGGUAUUGUUCGCCGACAGUCUUGAUGCGUUGAUUCCUGGACUUAGCCUUGUCCAGUGGAAGAUUGUCUGUGGAAUCAUUUUGAUCCCGCUGAAUUUCGUCCCUCUGAGAUUUUUGAGCGUAACCAGUGUCCUUGGUAUACUAUCGUGCACUGCGAUUGUCAUGAUAGUGGUCAUCGACGGCUUUAUUAAACCAAAUUCACCUGGCUCGCUGCAUCAACCAGCGAGAACUUCGAUCUUUCCGGAUAAUUGGGCCACUGUCCCACUCAGCUUCGGGCUCAUUAUGUCUCCCUGGGGCGGCCAUGGUGUUUUCCCAAACAUCUAUCGAGACAUGAGACAUCCUUUUAAGUACGGGAGAAGUCUGCUGGCUACAUACAUAUUCACUUAUUCACUCGAUUGUGCCAUGGCGGUCAUUGGCUGGUUGAUGUUUGGAGAUGCGGUUCGUGACGAGAUCACCGCCAACAUUUUGUUGACUGCCGGCUAUCCUCGUGGUCUGUCGAUCUGCAUUAUUAUAUUCAUCGCGAUUAUUCCGAUUACGAAAGUACCGUUGAAGUAUGUAUUGCCGGCCUGGUCAGAUGGACCUGACGAAAGUGCUAACAACGCCCUCAGCUGCCGACCACUCAUAGCUACUGUUGAAAUCCUCUGUGGCCUCAACUCACAAAACGACUUCCUUUCCCUCCAGGCCAAUGGAUCCACGAAAACGGCAAUCCGCAUGGCGAGGUUCGCGGUUCGCAUUUUCGUUGUGAUUGUAAUCGUCUUCAUCUCGAUCGUGUUUCCAUCUUUCGACCGUAUUAUGGCAUUGAUGGGAUCCUGCUUGUGCUUCACGAUAUGUAUCAUAUUGCCGCUGGCAUUCUAUCUGAAGAUUUUCGGAAAGGAGAUCCCUCUUGGAGAGAGAAUUGCAGACUGGGUGCUCCUGGUUAUGUCGUCGAUAAUGGCGAUCAUUGGAACACAGGCAACACAAGAAACAAACACGGAGAAAAAUCGGUUAGAGGGCAGUCAGGAGAUGAAAGCGCUCUUCAUCGCUUGUGGGGAGAGGCCUCUCCAUGAAAUCCUGUUGCAAAAUCCCAGGUUCUUGAGAAUGAAGGUCAAUUCUUGUGACGUCAAGGGAGCGAUCUUUGGAACAGGCAUUCUUGGUGCUGAGGGCUCCAACUUCAAGGACCCUCAGCUUACAAGAAGAACCUCUGAGUUGUGUCAAAAUGGGAUGGAUCCAGUCAAUGAGAACAGUGCUCGAGUCUCCUCCUCGCUCAACCGACUGCCCCGUCCUGCUGGCAAGCUGGUAGCUUUCCAAACCGCCAUUUGCUUCAAUCUGAGCGUCAAUGUUUUUGACUAG